UGUGGUCGUCAUAGGAAGCGCUGUAGUUUGUGCAGGAUUGCGUCCACGUGAGUUAACUACAAUCCGCACACGUUAACUGUCAACCAAGCGCUGAAAAUGGGUAAGAAGAAUAAAAAAGAAAAGAAAGUGAAAGGAGCGGAAAAGACCGCUGCCAAAAUGGAAAAGAAGGUUUCCAAGAGAUCCAAGAAAGAAGAGCAAGAUCUGGAGGCACUGAUCGCAGAGUUCCAGUCCCUGGAUGCGAAGAAGACGCAAGUUGUAGAAACUGUUUGCCCACCACCUUCGCCCAGGUUGAACGCAUCGCUAUCCCCCCACCCUGAAAAGGAUGAGCUGAUCCUGUUUGGGGGUGAAUUUUUCAAUGGGAAGAAGACCUUCCUGUACAACGACCUCUUCUUUUAUAACAUCAAGAAGAAUACCUGGGUGAAGUCUGACAUCCCCAAUCCCCCUCCGCGCCGCUGUGCUCACCAGGCGGUGGUUGUUCCUCAGGCUGGGGGGCAGCUGUGGGUCUUUGGGGGCGAGUUUGCUUCACCUGACGGAGAGCAGUUCUACCACUAUAAGGACUUGUGGGUUCUUCACCUGAACACACACGUCUGGGAGCAAGUCAAGGUGCCUGGCGCCCCCUCUGGCCGCAGUGGGCACCGCAUGGUCCUGAGCAAGAGACAGCUCCUGAUUUUUGGAGGCUUUCAUGAGAGCACGAGGGAUUAUAUUUACUACAAUGAUGUUCACACCUUCAACCUGGACACCUUCACUUGGAGUCGCCUGUCCCCCAUGGGCACCCCCCCCUCACCCCGCUCCGCCUGUGUCCUGACCCCGACGCCUGAUGGCAGCAGCGUCAUUGUCUAUGGUGGCUACUCCAAACUGAAAUCCAAGAAGGAUGUGGACAAAGGCAGCAUUCACUCUGACAUGUUACUGCUGAAGAGAGAGGGCAGUGAGGACCAAGAAAAGUGGAUGUGGUCCCGUGUGAGUCCAUUGGGUGUGAAGCCCAACCCCCGCUCUGGGUUCUCACUGGCCUUGGCCCCAGGAAAUCGCUUUUUGCUGUUUGGGGGAGUAUGCGAUGAGGAAGAGGAGGAGACGCUGGAAGGAGACUUUUACAAUGAUCUGUACCAGUACGACCUUAGCAAGAACCGCUGGUUCUCUCUCCAGCUCAAGGGCUCCAAGUCAGAAAAGAAAAAGCGUCGCCGUGGGAAGAAGGAGCAGGGGGCGUCGGAGGGGCAUGGGGGCAAGGAGGGCAGUGAAGCAGAGGAGCUGGAGCAGCGUUGCCCCGUGGAAGUGGUCAAGGAGAUUGUGGCUGAUGAUGGGACAGUGAUGACAAUCAAGGAGGUCAUUCCCGGCACACUGGUGGAGGAGGAAAGCGAGGAAGAGGAGGGGGAGGAAGAGGCCACAGUCGCGCCCAUGGAGCCCAGCCCCCGGUCCAGUGGCAUGGCUGCUGUCAAGCAUGGGAAACUCUACUUGUACGGUGGCAUGUUUGAGGUGGGUGACCGGCAGUUCACCCUCGGCGACCUCUAUGCCCUCGACCUCCACAAGAUGGACCAGUGGGAAGUGCUGGUGGAGAUGGACCCCAAGACACAGGAGUGGCUGGAGGAGUCUGAGUCUGAGUCAGGAGAUGAGGAGGAGGCUGGAGGAGGCGAAGAAGAGGAUGAAGAGUCCGAUGAAGAGUCUGACGGAAUUGAAGAGGAACACCCUCCGGUGAAAUCCGGCGAGACGCUAGCUGACUUUCAGACCCGCACGGAAGCGUACUGGCAGCGUCUGGCCCGGGCCAACAUGGGUCCUGACGCCAAGGACAAAAAGGCGCUAAAGGUGGGACAGGCCAUGGCGAAGGUGUUCUACGAGGAGCAGGAGGGAGCAGACCGGUCCUGAUCUUCGUGGGAUUGUGUGCCUGCAUGUGUGUGUGAGCGUAUGCGUGAAUGAGCUCAUGUAUUAGUGUGUCUCUAAGUGUGCAUGUACGUUGUGAGCCCAGAUCUGUAAAUACUGACCCACAAAGAGGCCUCUAUCUCUAUCUUUGCCUGCUGUUUCUCUCUUUGGAAACGCAUCAUGUUGCUUUUUCUGUAUUGUAUAAUGGAGUGCAUGUAGCCAGUCUGGCACUAGUCUCUACUGUACAAUAAAGUUUUUAGAAGGA